UUAACCAACAAGAAAGAUGUAUCGCAUCCGCAUUCGGUCGACGGCAGGCGGCGCGGCGGUGCUUGAAGUCGAUCCGGCAUGCAGCUUUCUAGAGUUCCAAGAGAAGGCUCUCGCUGCAGCUUCACUGCGCGGCCCGCCGUCAGCGUACACAUAUCGCGGGGGCUUCCCACCAAAACAAAUUGAAGCAGCUGCUGACGAGCCUAUCCGGUCCAUCUUUCACUCGUCAGACACCGUGGUCCUGGAGCACUUGGCGCCGACGUCCACGCGACCUCGUCGCCAGACAAAAAGCAAACGAACUUUCGCCGGCGUCGGGGUCAAGCUCGGGACUUGUGCAUCAGAGCCAAACAUGACACCUUCGUCUGCCGAACCAGCGCAACCAACGUCCAAGAAGGCCGCCGUCAUUUCCGUUCCGAAUCGUAAAAGGUUUCAUGGGACUGGUAUUGCGCUCAACCACAGCUCCACCGACGUUCCUGCGUCGUCGCCACCGGUGUCCAUCGGAGGUAGCAGCGUUGAUUCGACCUCUGGAAAACGCCGUCGCAAGAUUGCUGCCAUCCAUUUGGGCAGCAAGGCCGACGUUGAAACGACGCUCGUGGAUGCGGUCAGUGGGAGCGGUCACUCCACACGGGACAAAUUCCUACGCAAGGCCACCAAGCAAGCAGUGGUCCACCAAUACGACAUGACACUCGCCAACGCGCGAUUGAGCGCCGCAUGGUCGAACAAAUUUUCGAUCCAAGUCCUGUCGCACGGACGGAUGCGCGUUCGAUUUCUCGCCGGCGUGCGAACUUGGAAAGAGGAGGACGUCGACUGCCUACAACCGACUGAACUCCGCACCGCGCUCAAGUACGUGGUGCUUGCGGGCGGCGGUGAGAAGGAAAUGCUCAAGCCGUUCAACAUGGCGCAAGUAUCGCCACGGGUCUUUUGGAGUUUGGCCCGACUUUACAAUGGUGACGUCGGCCUGGGCCUCCAAACUCUGCUGCCAGAGGAAGAUUGGGCGUUCUUGGAUACACGGACGCGAGUGCUCUCUGCAAAGGCAUUAGAAGCCCAGGCGACGGGCGGCGGCAGAUGGCGGCGGGAGGACCCGGCCCCAGCGAUGGAACCCGUGCCAGCAUUGCCUAUCGACUUGACAACGGCCUCUCCAGACAACGGGGAAGGCAAGAUAAUCGCCGAGAACGUCAUCGACCCCCGUGUGAUGCGAAAUGCCGUGGCUCGCGCAGCCAUGGCUCGACUUCAACUCGCAGCCAAUUCCACUCGCGACGAGAGCGCGCUUUCUACGACUCUGUCGCAUCCCGUCCACGCCGCUCGAGAUGGUGGAAGACGUUCCAGUUCAACCAACUGCGAGAACGACAUGGAUGACGUUCUCACUGUCGUGUGCGAUGCAUGCGGCAAAGCACGUGUGGUGCGCCAGUUGGACGCAGCAAGGAGCGGCAUUGUCUCGGCGGAAGGUGGCGCUGACGUCCACGACCAGCAGCCAUGGACAUGUCUCCAGCUAUGGAAUCGCGUCGGCGGCUGUACCUUGGUGGACGACGAAGUAUUGCGAGUGGUGCAAGACGACGCGACCGUGGCGCAAAACUUGGACGCCGUGGGCAUCAAGUGCCGGACAGAUCUCGCAAAUGCCGAGUCGGAGGCGCUCUUUUCAGCUUGGCGUCGGGCGUUUCCGAGUUGCGCGAUCACGCUCGAUUCAUUGGAUGGCUUCGUGCAAGAGGCGCGACGUCAAGAAUUGGAUGAAUGCAUGCACCAACAAAUCGUACAAGAUGCCUCGGAUAGAGUGUUGCCAGCAUUGGAAGCCGUCAAGCUGGCGACUCCUCACGACCUCGUGGCCACUCCAGCGGAUCUCAUCGUGCGGGACCUCGUCCCUUGGGUCCCAGAGGUCAACCAGGUCAUUGUUGAAGCGUGGAAGCAGCAUGCUCGAGAUGCCAUGGAACGGACACCGUGGAUGGCCGAGUGGCGCAGCGUAUAGGUAGCCUACAGCCCGCGCGACAACGGUGCAAACUGCUAGGAUCUCAGUCCUUCGAUGCCAGAGGUGUGCCAAGACGAUGUGCGAUGCUCGAGCGGUAGCACGUGGUUUGGCACGCCGAUUCAAAGCUCUGGUGAAUGCGACCAGACCAUUAUUCCA